GCAUUUCCCUCAUGAACCGGUGAGCCGAUCAAGACCAGUCCAGGACCAGCUCCAGGUCUCAUCCAGGUCUGAUCCAAGACCCCAGAAGACUGGUUUCCUGAGGUGAGGACAGGUUUCCUGAGGUGUGGAUCCCAGCGGAGCUUCGGCAGGAUGGGUUCUGGGCACAGCAGCCAGAAGGUCCACUGUAACCGGUUCCUGAACGGAGAGGGACCUCCGUCGGUGCUGCAGCAAGUCCACAGUGAGCUGAACGGGGACAACCGAGCGUCUCGCAGCAGCCAGCCUGAAGGACAGAUGACCUGGGUGGUUCUCCAUAAAGACCUGCCAGGAUUCUCUCAUGACGACACGCUGCAGAUCAGCUUCACAUUCCCCGGCAGAACACAGACGGAGAACCUGCCCCACCCCGGACAGCCUUUUUCAGAAAAAAGAGUACUGGCUUACCUGCCAGAGAACCGUGAGGGCAGGAAGGUCCUGAAGCUGCUGGAGAAAGCCUUCCAGCAGCAGCUGCUGUUCACCAGCUCCAGCAGUAAACCUGGGGAGGAUGUGGUCAUCACAGCCACCGUCCCCCUGAAAACUCAGCCAGAAGGAGGCAGCAUCGUAGAUGGAUACCCCGACUGUGACUACCUGAAGACGGUGACUAAGACACUCAGAGAUAAAGGUGUUAAGUAAACAGAACACACCCUGCUGGAGGAAAAUGUGAAGGAAGAAACAUCAGUCUGUUGAUUCUGAGUGGCCUGAAGAACCACCAGAAACCACCUGAUGAUGAUGAUGAUGAUGAUCCAUGUUAGACCUCUUAGUUAAAACGUAUUUAACAGCGUAGCUCAACCUUUCAUUUGUGUAUACAUUUUUUGUCUUCAUGAGAAACUUAUUUGAAAGUAAAAAUCCUGUAAACUAUAUUAAUAAAGUGACAAUGGUUCUGA